ACUAAUCUCAAAAUAAUCUCAGAUUUUCAUAGAAUCACAACUGUUUUUGUUCUGGGACGCGUUUUUGCUCAGUAGGGGACUUUUUACAUCCAUGACACGUUUCUUCGUUUACUUCUUUGUGGAGGAAUACUGCGAUGUUUCAAUCUGAAGAAGCGACUUUAAAGAGAAAUCUUUUGGGGACGUGCGCACGGAGCGUCUGACGCACCUAUUGGUUUUUUUUUUUUUAAAGAGGCACCAGAGCGCACAGGAGGUGAGGAGCUGACACCUUGGAUUCAUACAUCUCAAGUUCAAUUUGCGUGGAGUAUAGCCUCAAAAUGAGUAAAAGCAAGAACAAAAGUGACAAUAAGACGGAAAAAGCGUUGGCUGCGGAGAAAGAGCAGUUUGGCAAGCAACAGCUUCACAGCAUCAGCAAAACAGUCACCUCUACUGAAACACCGCCCAAAGAGAAAUAUGUCCGCGAAAUCAUCAUAGGAACAUAUAAGGAGGCCGGAGCUACAACCUUCUGGUCCUACGCCAUCAACCUGCCUCUGUCCAGCCAUUCCAUGGUCAGCUGGAAGUUCUGCUAUCUGCUGCACAAAGUGCUGCGUGGUGGACACAGAAAUUGCGUCAGAGAUUCUCACAGAUACUGUCGCAAUAUUAAAGAUAUGGGCGUUCUCUGGGGAAGCUUGCAUGAUCGAUACGGCCACAUUGUUGCCUUGUCAGCCAAAUAUCUCUGCCACAAAAUUGAAUUCCAUGUGAAGCACGAGGCGAUCCCAGGAAACCUGGAGGUCAGCGAUGAGACUUUAGACAGAGAAGCAGGAACAGACGUGACCAAAGUGUUGGAUAUGACACAGGAGCUGCUGGAUUGCCUGGAUGCUGGACUAAAGAUGUCUGAGACAGUUCUGCGUCAGCUUGAUGCCAACGGGGCCAAACCUUCGACCCCAGCUGGACAGUGCAGACUGACUCCAUUGAUCCCGCUCAUCCUGGACUGCAGCUUCCUCUACCACUUCUCUGUGCUGCUGAUGUUCAAACUUCACAGCCGCAUCGCACCAGACACUCUUCUAGGUCAUCGAGAGCGGUUCCGUGAUCUAUUUACAGGCCUGAAACAGUUCUUCGACAGAGCCAGAGAGAUUGAGUUCUUUAAGAGUAUCAUCCGGAUCCCUGAUCUCCCAGAUGCUCCUCCGAACUUCCUCCGCGCCGCAGCAUUUGGCGAAUAUAAAAAGGCAGUGGUGGUCAUGCCCAAUGAGGAGCGGCUAGAUGGGGAGGAAGUGGAGCGGCAGCCGAAGGUGCCACAGUACUAUCUGAUGAACCAAAUGGCAGCACCUGACGAGAAGAAGAACACAGAGAACGAGAGUCUGAAGAGAGAGCUGGAGGUGCUCAGACCAGAGCUGAAGCUCAUCAAGACUGAGGCUCAGAGGGCUGUUAUUGAGUUAAAGUCUCAGGUGAACCGUCUGGAAGCGGAGAUGGAGGAGCAGCGCACACACAAGCAGAUGGCCAUGAUGGAAAACGAACAUCUGAGGAUGGAAGUGGAGGCUCUGCGGUCUGCUAAUGUGGCAAGUGUUGGUGCUCAGAUUGGAUUCAAAGAGGCCGACACCAGGGCUCAGGCAGCAGAGCUUCGAUUCACUCAGCUCAAAGACAGACAUGCAGAGCUGAUCAGCAGCCAUGCUGACUUAAUGAAGAAGAACGCAGAAACGGUGAAGUUGCUGUCCAGUACAAAACACGGCCAAGACGAUGUGCUGCGAGCCAAUCAGCAGCUGGAAAGUGAGCUGGAAUAUCUACGACAGGAGAAAAGAAACAUGAUGAACCAACUUCAGGAGGUGGAACGCCUGAACAAAGAGCUGCUGGAGCAAAGAGCAGAGCUGGCUCUCCUUCGCAGUACUCUGGAAAAUAAAGAGAGGGAGGGAUCUCAAGCAAGCGGCAGCCUGGCAGCUCUGCAGGCCGAGCGGGAGGUGCUGCUGCGAUCUGCCAGAGAGAAAGACUCAGAGUUGUCCUUGUUGAGACAACAGGCCCAGCAUCAGCAGGGCUCCCUGGACCUGGAGAGAGACCGGCUCAACCGAGAGCUGGAGUCUCUUAGAGCUCAGCUCCAGCAGCAGCUCACCAUCAACGCGGAGCAGAAGUUGGAGAUCGACCGUCUGAGGCGAGAGCUGGACUCGACACGAGCGGAACUGACUAUGGCAAAAAACGCCCUGCAGAGCAAAGAGAUGAGUGGGACCCAGCUGAGCAGUUCACUUGCAGGACUACAGGCAGAGAGGGAGGUGCUGACGCGCUCAAUGAGGGAUCAGGAGUCCGAGCUGAACUCCCUCAGACAGCAGGCUCAGCUCCACCAGAGCUCCCUGGAGCAGGAGAGGCAGAGGAGCAGCAUGGAGCUGGGAAUCCUGCACACUCAGUUACAGCAACAGGCGUGUCGUGAAGGAGAGCUGGCCAAGAAGCUGCAGGAGGAGCAGUUCUGUCUGCUGCAGUGUGCUGUGGUGGAGGCUGAAGGCAUCAUACUGGAUGCUGUGGCCAAAGUGGACGACCCCAUACAUAUCAGCUGCAUCAGUUCCCCUGAUUAUUUGGUGAAUCGAGCUGAAAUCACUCUGGGUUCGAUUGAUAAAAUGCAGCAGAGCCACCAGGUCUACAUGGGAAACAGAAACGAUGCCAGUGGUUUGUUGAGAGCAGUCACACAGUUCUCCCACCUCGCUGCUGACACGAUUGUUAACGGAGCAGCGACAUCACACUCUGCACCCACUGACCAGGCCGACUGUUUAACUGACAGCUGUCGGGAUUGUGCCAAUCACUGCCUUCAGUACCUGAAAGAUCUGAAGCUUCAGGCCAGUUUACCCAGAGCUGAUCCAUCUGCGAUACGCUACACCGUUCAACGGCUCCUCGCUCUGGGACAGGAGUUGCGUCCGAAAGGGCAGGAUGUGCUGAAGGAGGAGCUGGGAUCAAUGGUAGAUAAAGAGAUGAUCGCUACAUCAACUGCAAUUGAAGAGGCGGUGCUGCGAAUGGAUGAGAUUAUGAAUCAAGCAAGGAGAGACACCAGUGGUGUUAAGCUUGAGGUCAACCAGAGCAUCCUGGGUUCCUGCUCAGACUUGAUGAAGGCUGUUCAUAUGCUGGUGACAGCUUCUACUGACCUUCAAAAAGACAUUGUGGAAGGAGGAAGGGGCGCAGCUUCUGUUACAGAAUUCUACGCCAAGAACUCUCGCUGGACAGAAGGACUCAUCUCCGCCUCCAAAGCCGUGGGCUGGGGCGCCACACAGCUGCUAGACUCUGCUGACCGCUUUGUGGAUGAAGGUACACAUGAGGAGCUCAUUGCCUGCUGUCAUGAAAUUGCUGCGAGCACGGCGCAGCUGGUUGCCGCCUCAAAGGUGAAGGCAGAUCGUAACAACAAGAAGCUGAGCACGCUGCAGCAGGCGUCGCGGCACGUUAAUGACAUGGCUGCCGUGGUGGUCACCUCCACCAAACACGGGAAGCGGAGGACCAGUGAAGGUGUUAUGGACUUCUCUGGCUUGUCUCUGAUCAAGCUGAAAACAGAAGAAAUGGAAGCGCAGGUGAAGGUGCUGCAGCUGGAGAGCCAGCUGGAGCAGGAGCGAGUCCGUCUAGGGGAGCUCAGGAAGAGGCAUUACGAGCUCAACCCCCCCGAGACCGGCGUCGCCGAUUCUGAGGACUUAUCGGAUAGCUUCCCACCCCCUCCACCACCCACUCUGCUGGACUCAACACCAGAGCCUGAGUCCUGUUCACAGACACAGCCGUACCAGAACACCCAGAGCUUUGCAAGCACCAACCCGUUCGCACCAGCUCCAACAGUCUUACCGCCUCAAGCUUACACUCCACCACAACCUCAGUCAUACACACCUCCUCAAAGCUACACUCCUUCUACUACCUACACCCCUCCUCAAACCUUUACACCUUCCCAGCCGUAUGUCCCAUCUCAGCCGUAUGUCCCAUCUCAGCCGUAUGUCCCAUCUCAGCCGUAUGUCCCAUCUCAGCCGUAUGUCCCAUCUCAGCCGUACACACCAAACCCAUCACAAAGUUCCUUAAAUCAGUCGUCUUACUCACCAUCACAACCCGCCUCAAACACAUCCAGCCAAACCAACCCUCAGACACUGUCACCGCCCCAGGCGACGUCGCAGACCACCUCGCAGAGCCCCAAACUGUCUCUAAGAAAGCCCAACAUCUUCACCAAAUCUGGAAACUUGCUGAAGAAUGCUUUCAAACGAGGAGAAACUGGAUCAGGGGAAUCUUGAAACCUGACCAAAGAGAACAAGAUAUCUUACCAAAGAAUCACUGGAAAUAAAUGAUGUCGAUUCAUAUGUUCAGAACACUGCCUUAAAGCCUUUAUAACCCUGGCUCUGCAGUUAGGUUUUAGGAGCUUAAAAACAUGAUUGUUCAGUUAAAUGUGCAUAUUUUAUGGUCAUGGAAUAAAUUUUUCUCAUUAUUU